GAUAAGCAGCGAGCCCUGGAAGAAACCAAAGCCUACACAACCCAGUCAUUAGCAAGCGUAGCCUAUCUGAUCAACACUUUGGCCAACAAUGUUCUCCAAAUGCUGGAUAUCCAAGCAUCCCAACUUCGACGCAUGGAAUCUUCAAUCAACCAUAUUUCACAAACGGUGGACAUUCACAAAGAGAAAGUUGCUAGAAGAGAAAUUGGUAUCUUGACUACAAACAAAAACACCUCAAGAACUCACAAAAUCAUUGCACCAGCUAACUUGGAGCGACCAGUUCGCUACAUCAGGAAACCUAUUGAUUAUACAAUUCUAGAUGAUAUUGGACAUGGAGUGAAGGUCAGCACACAGAAUAUGAAGAUGGGUGGGCUGCCUCGUACAACACCACCCACCCAGAAGCCUCCAAGUCCACCAAUGUCAGGAAAAGGAACUAUUGGGCGUCACUCUCCCUACCGUACGUUGGAGCCAGUACGUCCUCCGGUGGUACCAAAUGACUACGUGCCUAGCCCAACCCGCAAUAUGGCUCCCUCACAACAGAGCCCUGUUAGAACAGCUUCUGUGAAUCAGAGGAAUCGCACAUACAGCAGCAGUGGGAGUAGUGGAGGAAGCCAUCCAAGUAGUCGGAGCAGCAGUCGAGAGAACAGUGGAAGUGGAAGUGUGGGUGUUCCUAUUGCUGUUCCCACACCAUCUCCUCCCAGUGUCUAUCCAGGUCACCCAGUUCAGUUCUACAGCAUGAACAGGCCUGCAUCUCGACACACCCCCCCAACAAUAGGGGGAUCUUUGCCAUAUCGGCGUCCUCCUUCGAUCACGUCACAGACAAGCCUUCAGAACCAGAUGAACGGAGGACCCUUUUAUAACCAGAACCCAGCAUCCCUUGCUCCUCCUCCCCCCUCCAUCCUACAGGUAACUCCACAGUUACCGCUAAUGGGAUUUGUGGCCAGAGUUCAAGAAAACAUUUCAGAUACUCCUCCCCCCCCACCGCCUGUGGAUGAGCCAGUGUUUGAUGAAUCUCCACCUCCACCCCCACCUCCAGAGGAUUAUGAGGAGGAGGAAGCAGCAGUGGUGGAGUACAGCGAUCCAUACGCUGAGGAGGACCCUCCUUGGGCACCAAGGACCUACUUAGAAAAGGUGGUGGCGAUCUAUGACUACACAAAGGACAAAGACGAUGAGCUCUCCUUUCAGGAAGGUGCCAUCAUUUAUGUCAUCAAGAAAAAUGACGACGGCUGGUAUGAGGGAGUCAUGAAUGGAGUGACGGGGCUCUUCCCAGGGAACUAUGUGGAGUCGAUCAUGCAUUACUCAGAGUGAAGACUACAAGACAGAACACUGCAUCUCCUGCUGCAGGAGCUGUCAGGGCUUCCCAGAUCUCCACCAGCCUCUGGGGCCCCAUCCAGUAUAACUGAAUGAAGGAUCCCUUUUUUAUUUUUCCCCCCCCCCCCCCUCAUUAUGAAACAAUAGUGAUUUGAGUUGUUUGAACAAAUGGCUCUUCCAGCUGCCAGCAGAGGCUAUCCUGAGCCAUCUGACAUUGAAUUAAGCUGACCCAUUCAGAUGUAACAAACUCGU